CCCUUUUUAUCUUUCCCUAUACCGCUCUGCGCUGUACGCUUAAUCGAGGAUGCGACCCCCGAGAGGCCGUGGCGGUGGAUUCAGGGGCGGUAGGGACGGCGGCCGCGGCGGUCGAGGCGGUCGCUUCGGUGGCGGAGGUGGCCGUGGCGGUGGCGGCCGCUUCGGUGGCGGCCGCGACGAUUUCAACCAACCCCCCGAUGAAGUAGUCGAGGUUUCGACGUUUCUUCAUGCUUGCGAGGGCGAUGCGGUGACUAGGCUCACUAACGAGAAAGUGCCAUUCUUCAAUGCUCCAAUUUAUCUGCAGAACAAGAGUCAGAUUGGCAAAGUUGAUGAAAUCUUUGGUCCCAUCAAUGAAUCCUACUUUUCGAUUAAGAUGAUGGAAGGCAUCGUAGCAACUUCGUAUUCAGCUGGUGAUAAGUUCUACAUCGAUCCGGCUAAGCUUUUGCCACUGUCGAGAUUUCUUCCACAGCCGAAGGGACAGGGACAAGCUUUUAGAGGUGGGGGCCGUGGUGGUGGCAGAGGCGGUGGAAGAGGUGGUGGCUUCCGUGGAGGUGGUGGCUUCCGUGGGAGGGGCGCCCCAAGGGGUGGUAGAGGUGGCCCUCGUGGUGGUGGACGCGGUGGGGGUUUUAGAGGCAGAGGGAGAUGGUAGGAUCACAUUGUGUACUUCUAUCUUAUUAUCCAUUUACAUUCAGUGGUUAUUUGGGAUACUUUUUGAAGCUAAUUCAAAUGUUGCUUUGGUGUAUGAACAUUUGGUUGGUGGGAUUUGAUAUUUUAUGUGCUCAUUUGAUCGCA